AUGAUUUACCCUCCGUUACUGAAUGACAUCACCAAGGUGUGGAGAGAGGUGCAUCAUCAUGAUCCUCCACAGUUUAGGGGAAGUUUGGAACCGUCAGAUGCAGAGAAAUGGAUUGAGCGAAUGGAGACAAUCUUUACUGCUGUUCCUUGUCUUUCUCCGCUCAGGAUGUUUUAUAAUCAUUUCUUUCCAAAGGAGUUGCGAAUGGAAAAGCAAUUCCUGUUCUACUCCUUGAAGCAGGGAGAGAUGCACAAGGAUCAGUUUAUCACGAGGUUUAUUGAUCUGGCGAAGUAUGUGCCCAGGCAGACAAAAGAUCAUUCAUUCUGGCUAGCUCAACAGUUGAUGAAUCGUGCAAGGCCAGAGUUGAAACAACAAUUGGCCCUGUUAGAGGUCAAUACCUUUGAGGAGAUGUGUGUGAAGUUGCGGGUUGUAGCUAGAAGGGCAAGAGAGGUGGUAGAGGCAAGAACGGCUGAGAACCAAGCUAGAGUAGCCCGUUAUCCUGGUCCUACAGGAGGAGUGGGGAAAAGAAGUUAG